ACAGCUGAUCGCGAUUUAACUGGGUCUCUUCAGUAUUAUCGACCCGUUUUUAAAUGGGUCUUUAAUAGGAAGUAGAACUCUUAUUUGCAUGGACAGAUUGCAUAAAAUAUCUUUAUUUUCGGUUUUAUCAUGUGCUUUAAUUAAUUAAAAUUCUGUCGGGUUAUGCAGGCUUACAGAACCCUACUGAAAAAAUUUUUAUUGCGAAAAUGGCAGCGGUUACAUUAUCUGGCGUUUAGUUUACUUUAGCAGUUGUUUGUAGAAUGGAGGUGGCGUGGUCAGACCGGCCAAUGUCUUACAAAACUGUUAUUCAGCUGUAAUAAAUUAUAAGACGGUUGGGAUUUAACUAACCGAGGGUCAAGGCGCCUCGGUGCCAACUGUGCACGUGUGACCAGAUCAAAACUAAUCAAGAGGGAUUCGUUUUUACAGGCGGAGACAAUUAUGACUGCGACUGACCACUGAGAGAAAGGAACAAAGGAAGCCGAAAGAUUUAAGUUUUUCAGAAUGGCUGACCCCGAUUUGCUAGAUUUCAACAUGGACUAUCUUACGAUUGACGAGGAUCAGUAUCGCACUGUGACGAGUUUGAGUUCUUACAUCAGCAGAGGCUCGGUUGAUAAUCUCGAUGAAGUCUCGAGCCGAGUCACAGGAGGGAUCCUCAAGUUUGAGUUUGAGGCUGGCGGAUGUGAAGAGCUUCAUCAGAGCUACUUUAUCGCAAUCAGCGAGGAUUCCUCCAUGGACGGGAUGGCUAAGUACAUGUCCAAGAUCUGGAGGAAACGGACCCCCGACAUUAUCCUCACCAUCAUGUCCAACAUCGAACAUUUCAAACCGUGGGAGGAUCUAUCGCAGGUGGAGGACUUCCAGUCAGGACUUACACAGGCUUUAAACACAACAAACAUGUGGGUUCUCACUAAUGGAUUGGACGGGGGUAUAUCUCGGAUUGUCGGUGAUGCCAUUCACAACGAGCAUGAGCGACGCUCAAUACUGCUAUCUCGAGCCAACACAGCGUAUGGAAAAAUCGCUAAUUCCGCCCAUGUUGAGGAACUAACAAAACUAACGGUCAUAGGCAUUGUUCCGAAAAGUACUCUUUCUUAUGGAAAAGACAUUGCAACAACUCAUAACGUGGUGGUCCAGCUGAAGAACAAAGGCUUGAGAGCCAAACGUCACACCUCCGAGCUGAAUGCCGAACACUCCCAUUUUAUUCUAUUGGAUGACAUUACGGACUUGCAUGAAAUUAUGGCCUUGAGGUACAAGAUCGAGGAAAGACUUCUUACUCCCAUUGGACGAGGAAAAAGAUACAGAAAGAUGAUUAAUAUGAGCGAUCCAAAUCUGAACAUGGAAGAUGCCUCAGCUUUCCUACAUAAUCAUUCUGACAUAAUCAGUAGCACUUCAACCCCCAUGGUGGGCCUCUUGAUCCAGGGAGGACCAAUCGACAUCGAGCAUGUGGUUGACCUAUUGCGAAAAAAGGUCCCUGUUCUUGUUGUGAAGGGAAGCGGACUGGCAGCUGAUCUCGUUGCAUUUGUUUUUAAUGAAAAAUUGACACACCCAAAUGAAGAACAUGAGGCGUACCUGAAGCAGGAGUUGAUCAAGAGGAUGUUGGUGUGUUACCCCAACGAUUUCCAGGACGACGAACCGGCCAGGAAUCACUGCCGCGACCUAAUCAUCGAAUCGGCCAACCUGGCACUACAGGAAAAUGGAAAAAGUAUUACCAUUUUGGACAUAGAAGCAGAUCCAUCAGCUCUCAAGAAUCUGGACAUGUACAUUCUGUUGGCUCUUUUUGAAUCUCAGGGAACCAAGCGGGGGACUCAGUUCCAGGAACAGUUUCAGUCGGAUCUGAAACUCACCAUGGACUGGAACCGCUGUGAUCUGGCGGAGUCUCGGAUAUUCAGAAAAUAUUCAGGAAAAGUCUUACAGAUUCCUCCUGAGCUUUUUGAUAGAGCUCUGCUGAAGAGAGACAGGGAGAAAUUUCUAGACUUGUUUAUGGAAAAGAAGACGGUUGUAUUACAUCAAUAUCUCAACCACAAGAAGCUUCUAUAUCUCUUUAACCAGCUGGAAAAACCUGAGUUCUUUUGUCACAUAUGCUUAGAAGGAGUUCUGGCUAAGAUUCCUGGCACCUGUUAUCCCGUGGACAGAGACUUCCUGAUGGACAAAGACUCCGAGUUGAACCAGAUUCUGAACAAGCUGACCGGCCUGGAAAAUCUGGUCUCGUCUUACGACCUGUCCAUGAAUGCUUCUGGGAAAUACGUGUGUGACAAAGCUGCAGCCGAGAGGAAGGCCCUGCUAGCUUUGAUUUAUUGGGCUGCCCUCACUAACAAUCCCAAAAUUGUGAAGUCGCUGUGGCUGCAGAGUGAGCAGCCGAUGGUGACCGCCCUCAUCAUCAGUCGGAUCUGGCACCAGCUGUCCAAAAAGUGGGUCAAGGACUUGGACACCAAACGACAGCUCAAAGAGGAUGCCAUUGAAUUUGGACAGCAUGCUGUUGAUUUGCUCGAUCUGAGUUACAAAGACUCAGCCCUGCAUGCCAUUGCAUCACUGGAUGACAAGCUGCCAGAGUUUGGCAACAAAACAGUCACACAAGUAGCACAGCUCUGCAGAAACAAGUACUUCAUUGCUCACAAAAGCUGCCAGAAGUGGAUGAACCAUCGGUGGCACGGAGUCUUGCGGAUUCGAGAAGUGGAUUACAGAAUUUUCAAACUUCCGGAAUAUGUGAAGAUCUACCUCAGCAUUCUGUUUAUCAUUCCUAUGUUCUUUUGGGUUACCUACGACGUUGAAAAAAAUGGUGUAGCAGUCAAAGAAGAGGAGGAAGAUGAAGAAGAAGACCAUAUGGAGGCUACUGAAUCACAACCUUUAUCAGGAGAUGAGAAAUGGAAAAGAAGCAGAAAAGCCAACGUAACAUACCACGUAAAGGAGAUGUUGUCCUACGGACGUCAGAAUCUUAAAGUGCCAAUCUUCCUACAGUUUUACUACUUCUACAGCGCCCCCAUUGUCAAAUUCUAUAUCAGCCAGUUUUUCUACUUCCUGUACCUGAUGCUGUUCAGCUUGGCGGCCAUCAUCCCUUCCUGUGGAGACAUUCAGAUAGACAUCAUCCUCUAUUUCUGGACAUUCAUGUUGUGGAUCGAAGUCAUCCGGAAAACCAUCCUGAAGAAAAGGAACCACAAGGAGUUAACGGUCCACUGGACAGUGGUAGAAAUCAUCUUGAUCUUCCUGUACCUGCUGACAGUCGGAAUCAUCCGCAUCAUCCCCCGCUAUCUUCCCUCCAUCCAGUACACCACCGCAAAGUUCAUCAUGUGUCUGGGGUUAAUCUACUUCUACUAUAGGACCAUGAACAUCUACUUCCCCAUUAGCCCUGUGCUUGGACCCAUGUUGAUUAGCAUCAAGAGAAUGGUUCGAUAUGACUUCAUCACAUGGUUCAAGAUGUUCAUGAUCAUCAUGGUGUCGGGUGGGAUCGCGAUACAGGCCACGCUGUAUCCCAACUACCCCCUCUCGGAGUACGGACUUACCAUGGCACUUAGCAGAGCCCUGUUUGCAAUGUUCCUUACCAAAAUCGAUGAUCUAGAUGGAGGUUCCGAUAAAUGCCAUAGGUUUUACCACAGUCAGAAUAACAGAGUUUGUCACGAUGCUGCUGCUUCAUUUUGGAAUCGAAAUAUAUCCAAAGUCAGAUUUUCUGAUGAAUAUGCAGUUUGUCCACACAGAAGUUUUGGGGGAUAUGCAAUCACUAUCCAAUAUCUUCUUCUCACUAAACUAAUCUUUAUUACCUUGCUGUAUGCCCUCUUCAGCACCACCACAACAAAAAUACAGGCUGAAUCAGAGAAAAUUUGGAAGUUCCAGCUUCACGAUUUGAUUGUGGACUUCGAGACUCGCCUCCGACUGCCUGCGCCUCUGAACUUCAUCAGUUACUUCUUCAUGCUCUUUGAGCUGAUCUACAAGGCCGGGAAAAAGAUGUAUAAAUGGAUCUGUCGCUCGGGCUGCUGUGUGAAGCACGAGGAUUUGCCCACGGAUAAACCACCUGCUAUUAAAGUGAAGCAUCAUUCUGAUUUUACGUUUUGGAAGACGCUAAUGAAAAAUCUUAAAAAGCAGCAGAAACAAGAUGAAAUCAAUGCACUAAGGCCUCUAGAGAUGGAGCAAAGAAUGCAACAGCUGCUGAGCCAGUCACUGGUCCAGAUGCAGUUCAAUGACAAGUUGACGGAACAGCUAAGUAAUCUAGAGAGGAGCGUAAUGACCUGUCAGAUGGCCCUAGAACAGGUCCACCACAAAAUUGACACCAUGGAUCCCAAGAAACUUCCGGACAUGGAGAAGACCACCAUUCUCCACAUGGCAAGUCGGGAAUCCCCGUACCCUGGUACCACUGUGGAGAGAUUCCCCGUCUUUGACAAGUAUAUCAACUGGGAGGAGGCCUAUGCUUCUUAUGACCCUGUGCUGUACACGAAACCAAUAGAGGAAUACCCUGAAGAAGUCCGGCUAUUGAUCGACCUGGACUACAUAGAGUUAAUACACAAGUUGGAGGAUGUCAGUCUUGACCAGGACGAUCGUCACAGCAUUCUAUCUACACAGACUCUUCACCGACCGUUGUGGAAUGUUGUGGCAGGUUACAGCAUUAACGAUAUCAACAUGGAAAUCAACCGCAUGUCCUGGAUUGACAAGGAUGGAGUCCCAAUCAAAUAUGCCUUGGAUUCUUACAAUAUUCCAUUGAAUCCCAAUGGUCGCACAGGACUCCGCGGCAGGGGCAAGCUGUGGAGGUGGGGACCAAAUCACAGUGUGAAAGUGGUCAUCUCCAGGUGGAAGCGGUACAAGUCGGACAGCUUCAUCAAGGUCAAUGAUAAGCGGGUCAUGGAGGUCAUUAUCAUUCAGAAGAGGGCGACAGGGGAAUUAACUCUUCCAGAGGGGAAGGAAUAUGGACAUCUGUCUCUGUACUCAGCUGUGUGUAAGAAAUUUUUGGACAAGGUGCUGGGCCAGAAAAAUGCUGAAAUCGAUGAACAGAUGUCGGAAAAUCAGAUGGUUGAGUUUUUCGAGCAGUUUGUGGAGCCCCAUCAGGGCCCCUUCACGGGAUUCACCUCAGGGAUAAUAUAUAAGGGCUACAUGGACGACCCUUCCAACACAGAUAAUGCCUGGAGAGAGGCGGAGGUCUGGAACUUCCACUAUCAUGUUCCUGAUAACUUGGAUUCUAGGAUUGUCCAGAAGGAGAAAAGAUGGAAGGAAGUCUCAUCCUAUCUUCACUUGGCCGGAAAUCAAAACCUCAUCCUCCAAGAAACCGCUCGUAUCAAUGGCGCUUAUUAUGUCUAAACCAAUUAGUGCCCUUUAUUGUUGACUAUGCCUACGUGAUAUGGAGUACUUUUCUCUAUGUGACUAACUGCCUUUACAAUGGGUCAUUAUUGAACAUUUAUUUCCCAGUUCUUUGGUGCUCAGUUUUUUGCCCUUAUGUUUAUUGUUAAUUUACUCAAAAUAUGAUAAGUUUUUUUUUUUGUUUCAUAUCUUUUGAGUUUGAAAUUAGAUUUAAUUCUCUUUUCUUCAUUGGCUAGAAAAACAAGCAUUUGUUGAUAAAAUGUAAUUGAUUUAUUUGUUCUUGGAAGUGCAGCUAUAUACUCCAGUUGUUCAUAAGUUCUAAAUUGGGUUUUUUUUAAUGUAUUUUUGCUUUGUACAUUUAGGGAAUGAAAAAAAUAUUUUGCUAUUGUAUUUAAACUGAUUUUUUUUCCCUGAAGUUUGCAUACAAAUAAAAGAAAAUGCCCAGAAAUAGGAAAUACUGGGUCAUAUCGUUUUUUUAUUGUGCUGUUUGUUCUUAAAAAUUUUAAGCUCCAACAGCACAAUCAAAAAACAAUAUGACCCAGGUUGAUAACUUUGGUUACUGGUACCAUGGUUGUGUGUAGUGAGGCAUAGAGUGCCUUAAUUAAUUGUUAACAAUAGUUGCUGACAAAAUGCAUAUGAAUAAUCAAUUCCUAAUGUCUGUCAAAAUGAAAUUGCAGUUUACUACAUGUACAUGUAUUACCAUUUACCUAAAUGAAAAUGGCACGUAUAAGAAACGGGUAUGUCUUUAAAUACAAGUAAACCUUUGUUUUUUAAUGUCUUUUGUGGGGGAUUUCCCCGUUUUUAUCAGGUUUACCCAUACCUCACUGUGUUGCAUUUUUAGCCCAUAUGAUUUUUUUUUAUCAUUUUUUCAUUUGUCACUCGAUAUUAUGUGGGAUAAUCGCAUUUUUUACCACAAAAAUAAAAUGAACAUGGUAUGUGUAAUAUUUUAGACUUCUGAAACGGGUAUACAUGUAUAUACUGGUACAUGUUCUUUGUUGUACUAAUGCCACGUAUUUAUCUUUGUUCACUUGCAUGGUUUUAAAAAUUUAUAACUCUCCAUGUUAGAAACUGAAAUGAAGAGUUUUUAUGUCUUUUUUAAUAACGGGUAGAUACAUGUGUAUGUAAAUUUCCUGUAUCAUAGUCUAUAACUUGUGAAAAACCCUCAUUUAUCUUAUACAUACAUGUGUAGUUUGAUAAUCUUAUUGCAUGGGAAUAUUAUUUAAGUUCAUUUACUUGGAUUUGUGAGACUAAUGAAAUCAGGAGAUUUAAUGCAUUUACAUGUAAUUAUCAUUUUUUGCAUUAUUUUGAACGUCCUUGGCAUGAUUUUUAUUUCAGUCUGCCAUAUUUACGUAGAAGAACAAAUUUAUUCUGUAGUGUGUACAUUGAAGAACUGCAAUGACUCUAAGGGAGAUAAAUGAUGUAAACUAUUAUCAAGACUAGAAAAGGCAGAUUAUGUUUUGAUAUUUUUUUUUAAUUUGAUAACAUAUAUUUGCUAGUACAUGCAUAUAUCUGUAAUACACACUUGUCAGUAGUUUUCUUACAUUGAAGUUUUGUGUGUUUAUUUUGUAUUUUGGGAUUUUGUUGUUGUUGUUUUCUUUUUGUGUAUAUAUAAGUAUUAUGAUUUCCAUUGAUCAAAUUGUCCACUAAAUUAAAAUUUUUAUGAGAUCAUUAAAAAAAAUCACCAAAAUGUGUGCUAUUCAUCAUAAUCAUAAUAUUAUGUAAAAUGUCUAAAAUGACAUGAAGAUUUUUAUGAUCAAACUUCAGUAGGCAAAUAUUUCUGAAGAUUGUAAACCAUAAAAUUGUUUUUCUUUUUUACAUAGUAUGAUUUUUAUACACGUAUGAAGAUGUAUUUUACAUACUUUAUAUCAGAAAAAAUUGAAUUCAUGUUUAAAUUGGUGUUUUGGUAGUUUCCCUUUUUUUACAAUUAUACUUGGUACAUGUCUAUAGACACAGCAUGAGAGUUUAGAAAUUAUUAAUUAAAAGUAGCCAAUGCUGUGUCAGAAAAUUCAAUUUCAAACUUAACUGUUUGUUCUCCCUCAAAAAUUAUUUUGCACUUACAAAAACAAAAAUGUUUUUGUAGAUUGCAGCUGUUGGGAAAACAAUCUACUGCUUUACUUGAACCAUUUACCCUUGUUUACAACGAAUAGGAAUAGUGUGUGAAUAAAACGUUAUUCUCUCUA